ACUCACGAACCCACAUUCACCAAAAAUUAAAAAAAUAAUAAAAAAUAAUAAAAAAAAGGAAAGAAAAAGAGGAACUCACAAAACUCACAUCCACCCAAAAAAGAAAAGAAAGAGCAUCUAAUGCGAAAUGAGCAAACGAAGGUUACAGGACAAAGAAACUUUUGCAUUUUCUGCUAUUCCUUUCGGGCUCCAUCUCUCCUCCUUCUCCUCCUCCUCCUCCUCCUCUACUUAUAGCUUCAAACACUCAGACUAGUGAAUCGCAGGGGUCUUGCCCUCUUCGUCGAGAUUUGAAGAAAUCCAUGGCGUGGUUUCACCUAGCUGUUGGUUUAUUAUUCUCUUUAGUUUCAGUGGUGUGCAGGGUGAAUGGCAUUGGUGCAAACUGGGGCACCCAGGCAACUCACCCUCUGCCUCCAGAUACUGUAGUUAGGUUGCUGAAGCAGAAUGGGUUCCAAAAGGUCAAGCUUUUUGACGCGGAUUACGAUGCCCUAAGAUCUCUGGGUAGAUCUGGGAUUGAGGUCAUGGUGGGUAUUCCAAAUGAUAUGCUUGCAUCUUUUGCCAGCAGCGUCAAGGCUGCUGAGAAAUGGGUUGCCAAAAACGUCUCUACGCAUAUUUCUUCCAGUAAUGUCAACAUCAGAUAUGUUGCCGUCGGAAAUGAACCUUUCUUAGAAACGUACAAUGGAAGCUUCCUAAGAACAACCUUCCCAGCUCUGCAGAAUGUCCAGUCUGCCCUAAUUAAAGCUGGCCUCAGCAACCAAGUAAAGGUGACCGUCCCCCUCAAUGCUGAUGUGUAUGAGAGUUCAAAUGGGCUUCCAUCUGGUGGAGACUUCCGUGCUGACAUCCAUGAUCUAAUGCUUGCAAUUGUCAAGUUCUUGAGUGACAAUGGUGCCCCCUUUACUGUGAACAUUUACCCUUUCAUAAGCCUCUAUACAGAAGCCAGCUUUCCUGUUGAGUAUGCAUUCUUCGACGGUAAUGCAUCACCACUUGCUGAUGGUAAAGCAACCUACUACAAUAUGUUUGAUGCUAACUAUGAUACUCUUGUGUGGGCGCUACAAAAGAAUGGUUUUGAAAAUUUACCAAUCAUAGUUGGAGAGAUUGGGUGGCCAACUGACGGUGAUCGGAAUGCUAACCUAAAUUAUGCUCUGCGGUUUAACCAAGGUUUCAUGUCCCACAUACUGGGUGGGAAAGGGACUCCAAUGAGAGCUGGGCCAAUUGAUGCUUAUCUAUUUAGUUUGAUUGAUGAGGAUGCUAAAAGCAUUGAUCCAGGGAAUUUCGAACGCCACUGGGGGAUAUUUACUUUUGAUGGGAGGCCAAAAUACCCGCUUAACGUUGGCACCACAAAUUCAGGAUCUUUGGUUCCAGCACAAAAUGUGCACUAUUUGGAGAAGAAGUGGUGUGUGAUGAAGCCAUCAGCCAGCCUUGAUGAUCCACAGGUAGCACUGAGUGUGAGCUAUGCUUGUGGACUGGCUGAUUGCACUAGCCUUGGGUAUGGGACAUCUUGUUCAAACUUGAAUGGCCGUGGGAACAUUUCUUAUGCAUUUAAUAGUUACUAUCAGAGGCACAAUCAGCUUGACAGUGCUUGCAAGUUUCCAAAUCUUUCAAUGAUCACCAAGAAUGAUCCAACAGUUGGUGGCUGCAGAUUUGAGAUAAUGAUCCAGCCAUAUUAUGGAGGUGCACAGAGGAAAUUUGUCGGAUGCCUGCAAAAGCCCCUAAGCUUUGCUGCUGUCCUUGUUCUAUUUUUGCUAACAUCUCUGUAAAUUCUGAGGCUUCUAGCAUAUGAGGUAGCAAUUAUCUUCACUAUCCCCCUUCCCCGAAAGUGUAGGACAACGAUAGUUGUAAACUAAGAAGAAGCCAUGGGAAAAAUGCCUAAAUAUAAUUCCAAAUUUUGCAAUCUGGAAGGUUUUAUGAGCGAGAAAUAACUUUGCAAUACUAACUUUGUUGGAAGUUAGUAUUGAUGAGACUCAUGAGACAACCUUCCACUUAUAUUUGUUAAUAAUUUUGGCCUCUUUUUUAUUUCAAACUUCAUAUUCGCCAUUA